AUGCCGCUGGGAGCUCCCGUGAGGGAGCUUGACGGCUUCCUCACAGUCGAGCAAGCGAUUGCACGCCCAAGAGACGCGUUUGUGAAUGUCAUUGGCGUCGUCAGCGACAUCCUGCCAGUAAAACCUUCCAGAGGAUCCGACAUGCAAUUCGCAAUCCAGCUACAGGACCAGUCCGUCACCGCCAAGCUUGGCGAGGGCCGGAGUGUCCGAGUCAAAUGGUUUCUCAGGCAUGGGGAACAGGCCCCAAAAAUAGAGACGGUUGGCGACACGGUCAUUCUGCGAAAGUUCAAGGUCAGCUGUUACGCCAACACGCCCCUCUUGAUGCGGCACUUCACCAGCGAGUGUAUAGCAUUUCGCUCGAGUGCCAUGCCCGACCCUCACUUCAAUGACUCCUAUGCCUCAGGCCAAAUGCUGCACUAUUCAUCCAUGCCACAGCACGCCAAACCACCCACCCCCGAACAACAAGUAUGGGCUAUCUCGCUCCGACAUUCCCUGUGCUCAAAUUCAACCGUGAAAACAGGCUCUAUCGUGCAGGCGCCCUCCAAGCAGCCUAUUGAGAAAUUCAAUCUCAUCAAAAAUGUUGGCCCUGGGCAGUUUGUCGAUAUAGUGGUCGAGGUGGUCAGAAUGUACCAGCAUGCCGGCGAGAUCUAUGUCACGGACUAUACGGAGAACAACCUCCUUUACCGGUACAACCAUCCCAACGAAAAUCUGGAUAUCGACAUGGGUAGGGACGGUGAUGCAUAUGACUACACUGGACAGACCCGCCGGAAAGAGUGGCCAGGGCCAUUCGGACAAAUGACUCUACAGGUGAAGCUCUGGGAACCCCACGGUACUUUUGCCUUCAACAGAAUCAGAGAAGGCGAGAUUGUUGAAUUGAAGAACGUUCACAUCAAGAUGGACAGCUCAGGCACGAAGAUCGAGGGUGCGCUGCAUGGGGACAGGCAAUAUCCAGACCGCAUAAAUGUCAUCUCUAUGCGACACAGACAGUGGGACCCGCGGGUCUGUGCAUUGGAGGGCCGUAAGGAGACCCACAUGCAGGCGACGGUGAGUCGAGAGCAACGAGGCCCGGAAAAGCAACAAACACGCAAGGAGAAACGGAAGGAGAAGAAGGCAAAUUUGAGAAAGAGGAACCGAGAAGCGGCACUAACAGAGGAGCCUGUGAGUGAUUCAGACCACGUCGGACUCAACCCUCACGUGAAAUGCGAGAGGCCUCAAGAUCCAACGACACGGUUGACUGACAUCGAGAACAACGAGCGACGUAUGUAUAGGACGCCCAAUGGGGUGGACUGCGAUCUGCCCUUUGUGAAUGCGAUGUACAAAGCUCGGGUUCGCGUCGUGGAUUUCUGGCCGGACAAUCUAGAAGAUUUCUCAGAAUCGCUGGAUGACCCCGGGUUCAAUGACGUCAGCGAGGAAAAUCCAACCCAAAGCUCAACGACUUAUACAGCACUCUCAACCGGUACCCCACGCUGGGAAUGGCAUUUCUUCUUGUUGGUGGAAGACGCAAGGCAGCCACCAGGAUCCAAGAGCCCUGUUAGGAUACCGCUCCUAGUGUCCCACAAAGAUGCGGAAUGCCUUCUUUGUCUUGAUGCCGUGGACCUACGGAAGGAUGAGAAGACGCUUUCUCAGCUUCGAAACAAGCUUUUCAUCCUAUGGGGAGAUCUAGAGGAGCUUAAAUCCGAAGGAAAAGAUCCGCUUGACGAGGCUGUCGCAAAGCAGCAUUCAAGUAGAGCAUUUGAUUGCUGUGUCAAGGAGACGGGUACGACGAUAAAGCCCGAGCCUGCAAUGGCAGGAGCAAAAACGGAGCCCAGCUACCAAAGGAUCUACCACAUCCACGGUACUACUAUUCACGGUUAA